AUGGCGGAAUCCGAAAGAAUGGAAGUCGACUCCCCUGCAGUUUCAUCGACAUCUUCAGGUUCCAACAAGAAAAGGUUCGAAGUUAAGAAGGUAACUAAAUUUCCUGAUCAUUAUUUUCAGUCGUAUCAGUUUCUGUGGACAUUCUGUGGAUUAAAAGUGAUUCUUUCUUUCUAUUUCUUUUAGUGGAAUGCCGUUGCUCUUUGGGCUUGGGGUAAGUCGGACACUUUUUCCUCCAAAAGUCCUGAAAAUCGUUUCAAUUGUUACUUAGGAAACAAAUUUUGUUUCAUUUUCCAGAUAUUGUGGUUGAUAACUGCGCCAUCUGUAGAAAUCAUAUAAUGGAUUUAUGUAAGUCAUGGUGAAACAGUUAAACGAUAAUUGUUGUAACGUGGAUGUCAUCAGUCUGUCAGAAUAAGGGUACAACUUGUGUCUUUUAUUAAUUGAUUGUCUUCGGUCCAUAUUUAGUCAAAAACUCUUAAUUCCUUGACUGCAUUUGCCAUAGUUCUGAAAAGUUUAGAUGCGACUGUACCGGAAUGGCAGUUUUGAUUGCUUGAAAACGGCUGUAUUAGUACAAAAACCUAAAACUCUAUGUAUAUGAUACAGUUUUUAUAUUGUUCUUUCUUUUUCUCCCGAGAAGUAUUUAAAGAAGUCAGUGUACUACAGUCUAGCUACUGAAUAACAACCAACAGGAACCCAGAAAAUUAAAGAUGAGACACUUGGAAGGAAAAAUACUCUGCAACUGUAUUAUUUAAAAACAGUCCUUGGACAUGUGCUGUAUGCCAUAUCGAUUUCCUGCAUUGCUUUUAUUUCAGGUAUCGAAUGUCAAGCAAACCAGGCUUCUGCAACAAGUGAAGAGUGCACAGUUGCAUGGGGUGUUUGUAAUGUAAGUGUAAUGAUAGGCAUUGGAGAAUGAUGUUUUUUUCGUCUUGUCACAAGUGUAGGACAAAGAAAAAAUUCUGAGUCCCCAUGAGGAAUCGAACCUCAGACCUUUGGAUUCCGCACUCUGAUGCUCUACCACUAAGCCACAGAGACUCCAUGGUGAGCGAGGUCUGUUACGAAGUUCAUAUGACACACGCCCUGCAUACUGCUAGGAUCAGCAAUGUCAAUAGCAUAAUGUUUGUAGUUAGAAAUAAGAGAGAUGGUAAGUAUGAGCUCAGUAAAGAAAUAAAGAAUGAUGUUUUUUUGUCUUGUCACAAGCAUGGGACAAAGAAAAAUGAUAGGCACUGUUUACAAGCUACCUUAGUUAAUUAAAGGAAAUUAGCAAUGCACCUGUGUUAAUUAAAUGCAUCUUAAUCUAUGUUGAUUUUGAUUUAAAUCGCACUAUUUACAUCAUUGUUAUUUAUAAUACCUUUAUUUCAAUAACAAAACCUUAUUUGCUCAUAGCUGAGGCCAUAGAAAUGCAAGGGUCUAAGGGAGUGCUCCCUGUCUUGAUCCAUUUACUGAGAAAUAAAACAAUGAAAAUGAGCUAAUAAUGACUGGAAAUGCUGCUGUUUUUUUUCUUCAGAUAUGUAUGUUGAGAAGUUUGUAUCUUGCAAUGCCUAUGAAAUGAAAUAUUGGACAAGAAUAACUUAGUCACCUAUGCCAUUUCAGUUUUCUCCUUGUAUUUUCUUCUGCAGCAUGCUUUCCACUUCCACUGCAUCUCUCGCUGGUUAAAGACUCGUCAAGUUUGUCCUCUGGAUAACAGGGAAUGGGAAUUCCAAAAGUAA